GGAGCGGAGCGGAGGUUUCGCUUCGCUGCCGCCGCGGAGGGGAAGGGGAAAUCGGGCAGAAAGCAGCGGGAAAAGGCGUUCGAGCCGUAAUUCCAAUAGAAAACGGAGUUGUCCUUCAUAUUUCUCCAGUUAAUGCGGAGAGGAACGGAGGAUUCGUCCCACUGCCCUCCAUGCGAGGAAACCGGGGCAGCCGCACCGGGAAAAGACUUUUUUUGGCUUUAAAUCUAAUAGAAAACGAGCUGCUGUUUGUUCUUCUGUUUGUUCCCACUCAGUGCUGGGCGACGUCCCUUUGCUUUGCCCCGUUUUUCAUCCCCCCAACGCUGUGGGAUCCGUGCCAGGACCCAACGCAGCGCCGUCCCCGCAUUCAUUGACCCCUGGCUUUAAUCCGAUUUCGGCUAUGAAUAGCAGCCGGGAGCGGCGGGGGGAGGGAAGCGCGGAGGGCUGUGUGUCUCAUCCCGCCCCGUUUGGACACUCGCUGCUCCGCACAUCCCCCAUUGGGAUCCGCCACCCUCCCUCCCCCCCUCUUUCCCCCCGCCAUGGCUUCUCUGUUCGCUGGGAAAGUAUUGAUCGUCAACAACAGGGACCGGGAUGAAGUGGAGACGGAGAGGGAGCUGUGUUUGGCCCUGGAGAACAGAGUGAUGCUGCUGUAUUUCGGGGCGGCUGAAUGCCCGCAGUGCCGGAGUUUCGUGCCACGGCUGAAGGAUUUCUUUGUGAGGUUGACAGAUGAGUUCUACGUGGAGCGGGCAUCGCAGCUGUGUUUGGUGUACGUGUCCCGAGACGCCACCGCGCAGCAGCAGGAGGCCUUCCUGAAGUCCAUGCCCAAGAGGUGGCUGUCGUUACCCUUCGGGGAUGAGUUCAAGAGGGAACUGGAGCUGCGCUUUGCGGUGUCUGAGGUGCCCAGGGUGGUGGUGUUGAAACCCAACGGGGACGUCAUCGUCGGGAACGCCGUGGAUGAGAUCACCAGCAUGGGUCCUGCCUGCUUCCAGAACUGGCAGGAGGCAGCUGAGCUGGUGGACAGGAAUUUCAGACUGGCUGAGGAUUUUGAUGACUGUGCCAGGAGGAGCAUCAGCGACCCCUUCCGGCGCCUCAAGUACAAACUGGGCAAGGGGGAGAAAUCCAGGAGUGAAGAGCAGAAAGAGGAUGGUGAUGAGUCCUCGUAGGGACGUCUGGGACCGACUCGGGUCACCUGGGGACAUCCCUUGGGUUGUUGUCCCAACGUGAUUGAUUGGGCAAGAGGGAGGAAUCCA